AUUUCAAACUCCCACCUCAUUUCUUCAGUGGAUUCGUUGAAAGAGAAGGCUAUUGCGUCUUUAAAAGCUUAUGAAACUGAAGUAGCAUGUGAGCAGUGCUUACAGGCCUGCGAAUUGGCAAUGAGGGAAUAUGUGAAAAAGUUAGAAAAUUCAUCGAAAAUAGAAAUAAUACCAGAAAACAUUGGUAAUCCUUGGAAGUAUAGGACCUAUACGAGACUCUGCCGUUUGCUUACGAAGAAAUUGAACACGGAAUCUGCGAGAGAUUUAUCCUGUGGUUGGAAUCAGGCUACCGAGCUCAACUCUCAUGGUUAUAGUCAUUAUAAUCGUCCUAUCGAGGAAGUGGAGCCUUAUUUUCCCAUUGUUCUUAGGUUCUUGGAAAUUUUCAAAAACGAAGUUCAAGUUAACAAGGAAAUGGCAGAAUAUCUACAAGGAAACUUGUUCAAGCUGAAUCACGAUCAACCCGGAGAAGAAAUUAAGAAAAUUCAAUAG